GAUGACAAAAUAAAUCAGAACAAAUUGAAUAACAAUAACAAAUAAGGGAAGUUUAACGUAUUUCGAUGGUGCUGCGUAGUAUUAACAAAUUGGACUUAUUUAUAAAACGAUGCAGCGCCCCCACGUUAUAUCACUGCAGCGUUAGUGUGACUACAGGGGCGAACAGUAGAAGCAGCCACAGCGCGGCUCAGGCAUCCACAGAAAGAAGCAGCGGUAAAAAUAACAAUAGCAAUAGCGGCAGGAGUAAUGACAGGAAUGACGAAGGCCAUAAAUUCAGCUGGCAAGGCAUUGUCCGGUUCUUCGUGCCUUUCUCUUUGGGUGCACUGGGCGCCACGCUCGUAUCGCAAAAGGAGCAGGUGACUCCUUCCAUUCAAGCGGCACGGGCGCUGACAGCUCGGAGACGUGACUACAACUUCAUAGCAGACGUGGUAGCCGGAUGCGCCGAUUCCGUUGUCUACAUAGAGAUCAAGGAUACACGUCACUUCGAUUAUUUCAGUGGGCAGCCCAUAACAGCGUCUAAUGGGUCUGGAUUCAUAAUCGAACAGAACGGCCUGAUCCUGACCAAUGCGCAUGUAGUGAUAAAUAAGCCGCACACCAUGGUGCAAGUGCGCUUGUCCGAUGGUCGGACGUUUCCCGCUACCAUUGAGGACGUAGAUCAAACCUCCGACUUGGCUACGCUGCGCAUUCAAGUGAGCAAUCUGUCUGUGAUGAAGCUGGGGAAGAGCAGCACUUUGCGGUCUGGCGAAUGGGUCGUUGCACUGGGUAGCCCACUUGCCUUGAGCAAUACAGUGACAGCGGGAGUCAUCAGCUCGACGCAGCGUGCUUCACAGGAGCUUGGGCUGCGCAAUCGCGACAUAAACUAUUUACAAACUGAUGCGGCCAUCACCUUCGGAAACUCUGGCGGGCCGUUGGUUAACUUAGACGGCGAGGCCAUCGGCGUUAACUCAAUGAAAGUGACGGCGGGUAUUAGUUUUGCUAUUCCCAUCGACUAUGUUAAAGUAUUCCUCGAACGCGCGGCAGAGCGCCGUAAAAAAGGCUCCACCUACAAGACGGGUUAUCCUGUUAAGCGCUAUAUGGGCAUUACCAUGCUAACACUGACUCCCGAUAUACUCUUCGAGCUGAAGUCGCGUAGUCAAAAUAUGCCUGCCAAUCUGGUUCACGGCGUGCUUGUCUGGAAGGUUAUAGUGGGCUCACCGGCGCACAGUGGUGGCCUGCAGCCCGGGGACAUUGUAACGCAUAUCAACAAGAAGGAAAUAAAGAACUCCUCCGAUGUGUACGAUGCACUUGCCGACAGCACCAAGGAUCUGGAAAUAGUUAUCUUCCGCGGCGUGAAGCAGAUGCGCGUGACGAUCACGCCAGAGGACCCUUGAACACGCCAAUUUAUCAAUGCCUUACUAAUUUGGUUCAAGUACUAAAAUAACUGGACUUUGCUAUGCUUUGUGAUUUGCAAUAAAACCAAAAGCAAAUGUUUUUAAUUCAUUUACCAUAAUAGGUAACCUAAACCAUAUGUAUUUGUAUUAUAGGCAUAAGUAAUUAAAUAGUACUAAAUAUCUAGUCUGUAA